AUGGAGCAAGGACUGGUGGUUACUCAGCUGGACAUCCAGCCUGGAGAGUGCGUCAAGGUGAAAGGCAAGAUCCUGUCUGAUGCUAAAGGGUUUGCUGUGAACGUGGGGAAGGACAGCAGCACCCUCCUGCUGCAUUUCAACCCUCGCUUCGACUGCCAUGGGGACAUCAACACCAUCGUGUGCAAUUCUAAGGAGGACGGCGUGUGGGGUGAGGAAGACAGGAAGGCUGACUUUCCCUUCCAGCAAGGUGACAAGAUUGAGAUUUGCAUCUCCUUUAAUGAAACAGAGGCGACAGUGAAGCUGCCUGAGGUGGAGUUCCAGUUUCCUAAUCGGCUGGGCAUGGAGAAAAUCGAAUACCUGGCUGUGGAGGGGGACUUCAAAGUCAAAGCCAUCAAGUUCAGUGAACAGCUAUAGCUUGGUUGGUUUUGUUUUCUCUCCCCCUGCCUAGUGAAAUAAACCCAAUUUGCAAUGGC